AUGGACGUCGUUAAGGCAGUUCAAAAUUACAUCAAUAAAAUGGUCAAUGAAGUAACAGGCAUGAAGGUGCUACUUCUUGACGCGGAUACGACCCCGAUUAUUUCAAAUGUAAUGACCCAAUCUAGUCUACUUUCACAUGAAACUUACCUGGUUGAUCGAAUCGACAAUCGCAGCCGUGAUAGAAUGCGACACCUUAAAUGCAUUUGUUUUCUUCGACCUACGAGUGAUUCCAUUCAAUUAUUAGUUGAAGAACUAAGAGAUCCUUGUUAUGGCGAUUAUUACUUGUAUUUUAGCAAUACAAUUAAAAAAUCUGCUAUAGAAAGACUAGCUGAAGUAGACGAACAAGAAGUUGUUCGUCAAGUACAGGAAUACUUUGCAGAUUAUUGCGCAAUUAAUCCAGACUUUUAUUCUUUAAAUCUCUCAUUACCACAACAUCAACUUUAUGGCGAUUCGAUACAUACUUGGGACGGUAAAACACUCCAACGCGUCGUGGAAGGUGUACUUGCUGUUUUACUUUCUUUGAAGAAGAAACCAUUAAUCCGUUUCGAAAAAAUUAGUGAAAUGGCUAAAAAACUUGCACAAGAAUAUCAAAUUCAAGAAGAAGGUCCAUUAUUUGAUUUUCGGCGUACGGAUACUCCACCUAUAUUACUUAUUCUUGAUCGUCGUAAUGAUCCAGUUACACCUCUUUUAACGCAAUGGACAUAUCAAGCUAUGGUUCAUGAAUUGUUAGGUAUUUACAAUGGUCGUGUUGAUUUAUCUGAUGUUCCAGAGAUUCGUCCAGAAUUGAAGGAAAUUGUCCUUUCUAGAGAUCAAGAUCCAUUUUACAAAAAGAAUAUGUAUUUGAAUAUUGGUGAUCUUGGUGCUAAUAUUAAAUCUUAUGUGGAAGAAUAUCAGGCUAAAACCAAAUCAAGCAUGAACAUUGAAUCUAUUUCUGAUAUGAAACGAUUUGUUGAGGAAUAUCCUGAAUUUAGAAAAUUAUCCGGAAAUGUUAGUAAACAUGUAGCUUUAGCUAGUGAAUUGAGCCGAUUAAAUGAAAAAGAAAAUUUACUUGAAGUUAGUGAGUUGGAACAGAGUCUUGCAUGUUAUGAACAACAUUCUAGUGAUUUAAAGGCUCUUCAAAAACUCAUAGCAAAUCCAAAGAUAUCUGAAGAAAGCAAAAUCCGUCUUGUUUUAUUAUAUUCAUUAAGAUAUGAAAAAUCUCAGAAUAAUGUUAUUACAUUUUUGGUCGAUGAAUUACAUAAACAUGGUGUUAGUGAGCAUAAAAUAUCUUUGAUCGCAUCAAUGAUUCAAUAUGCUGGCACAGAUAAAAGACAAGAUGAUUUGUUUUCAAACGAGAGCAUGUUUUCUAAAGGAAAAAGUGUAAUCAAAGGACUGAAGGGAGUAGAGAAUGUAUACACACAGCAUUCACCUCAUUUGGCACAGACUCUCGAAUUAUUAAUAAAAGGAAAAUUGAAAGAAACCAGUUAUCCAUUUAUUGGUGGUGCAACAAAGGAUAGGCCACAAGAUAUUGUUGUAUUUAUGAUUGGAGGAACCACGUAUGAGGAGGCACGUCACGUCGCUCAUAUAAACGCAACAACACCUGGAGUUAGAAUUGUAUUAGGUGGAACUACAGUUCAUAAUAGUGACAGCUUUUUGAAUGAGAUUCAAGAUGCGUUUUAUCGAUUUCCAACUGGAAGCCCUGCUGGUGCUAGGCCACCUAAAUUUGGAAGAAAUCGACGCGGAAAUUAG